GCAGCCAUUUCCAACUAGCUGGCGGGGGCGAAAGAUGGCGACGCCCCUCGGGUGGUCGAAGGCGGGGUCAGGAUCUGUGUGUCUCGCCUUCGAUCAACUGCGGGACGUGAUUGAGUCUCAGGAGGAACUGAUCCACCAGCUGAGGAACGUGAUGGUUCUCCAGGAUGAAAAUUUUGUCAGUAAAGAAGAGUUCCAGGCAGUGGAGAAGAAGCUGGUGGAAGAGAAAGCUGCCCAUGCCAAGACCAAGGUCCUCCUGGCCAAGGAAGAGGAGAAGUUACAGUUUGCCCUCGGAGAGGUAGAGGUGCUGUCCAAACAGCUGGAGAAAGAGAAGCUGGCCUUUGAAAAAGCGCUCUCCAGUGUCAAAAGCAAAGUCCUACAGGAGUCCAGCAAGAAGGACCAGCUCAUCACCAAAUGCAAUGAGAUUGAGUCUCACAUUAUAAAGCAAGAAGAUAUACUUAAUGGCAAAGAGAAUGAGAUUAAAGAGUUGCAGCAAGUUAUCAGCCAGCAGAAACAGAUCUUCAGGAAUCACAUGUCUGACUUCCGGAUCCAGAAGCAGCAGGAGAGCUACAUGGCCCAGGUGCUGGACCAGAAGCGUAAGAAAGCCUCAGGGACGCAUCAGGCCCACAGCCACCAGCAUCCCAGGGAAAAAUAAAAUGGCUGCCACUUUCCUGUUCUCUGGCU